GAUUAAAGCAUGAAUGGGAGCAGCUUCCCAGCCACGAUGGAGAGAGAAGGCGGUUCAGGCUGUGGGAAUAAGGUUUCCUUCCAAAUGAAUCCCUGAGGUUUCUGCUGGUAGCUCCAGUGGUGUCCUGUAGAAGUGCCCUCCUGGUCCUGGUCCCAGCAGCCGAGGCCCCUCCAAACCUGCUUCUGCAAUGGGUGGGUUGUAAGCACUGGUAAUGAGGAGCUGUGGGUCCAGUCAGUCUUGGAGAUGCCGAAGAGACGAGACAUCCUGGCUAUCGUGCUGAUAGUUCUGCCCUGGACACUACUAAUCACCGUCUGGCACCAGAGCACCAUUGCUCCACUGCUUGCAGUGCACAAGGAUGAUGGUGGUGACUCCCGGCGUGAUCUCGCUGCAGGCUUGGACUCCAAGGAAUACUGCUUGUCGGACCGGGACAUUGUGGAGGUGGUGAGGACAGAAUAUGUUUAUACUCGCCCACCCCCGUGGUCAGACACCCUUCCCACCAUCCACGUCAUUACACCCACCUACAGCCGGCCCGUACAGAAGGCAGAGCUGACCCGCCUGGCCAACACCCUCCUGCACGUGCCAAACCUGCACUGGAUCCUGGUGGAGGACUCACAGCGGCGCACACCCCUCAUCACCCGGCUGCUGCGGGACACGGGGCUUAACUACACCCACCUCAAUGUGGAGACACCCCGCAACUACAAGCUGAGGGGAGACAUGAGGGAUCCUCGCAUUCCCCGGGGGACCAUGCAGAGGAACCUUGCCCUGAGAUGGCUGAGAGAGACCUUUAACAAAAAUAACAGCCAGCCUGGGAUUGUUUACUUUGCUGAUGAUGAUAACACCUACAGCCUGGAGCUCUUCGAGGAGAUGCGCAGCACCAGAAAGGUGUCGGUGUGGCCAGUAGCCUUUGUGGGUGGCUUGCGCUACGAGUCACCCAAAGUGAACGCUGCAGGGAAGGUCUAUGGCUGGAAAACUGUGUUCGACCCUCAUCGCCCCUUUGCUAUAGACAUGGCAGGGUUUGCUGUGAACCUCAGACUGAUUCUCCAGCGAUCUCAGGCUUACUUCAAACUGCGAGGAGUGAAGGGAGGCUAUCAGGAGAGCAGCCUGCUCCGGGAACUAGUGACCCUGAAUGACCUUGAGCCGAAAGCUGCCAAUUGCACUAAGAUUUUAGUCUGGCAUACGAGGACAGAAAAGCCUGUGCUGGUGAAUGAGGGGAAGAAAGGAUUCACAGAUCCCAAUGUGGAAAUCUGA